UAUAAAUCUUUCUCUCUACCUCCACAAGGCAGAAGAACACAAAGAUUUGAGUCAAGCUGACAGUCACACCCCUCAAACUGUUCUGCAUAUCCUUGAGCUCCUUUGUUGUUGCAGCACACGCGGUGAAGAACUGAAAAUACUUCUGUUCACUUCUGUUCCUACUCUGCAGUGCAUGUUCUCGAGGGAUAAGCAGUUGAUGCCUGCGCCCAUGGCGUCGGACGGCGGGCUGCGGCGGCUGUUCGAGAAGCCCCUGCCGGAGAACCCGACGCUGCUGGAGGCGCUGUCGGCGUGCCACCGCAACACCCACCCCAAUCCCAACAGGCCCAUCGACCCGUCCUCCUUCACCGAGAUCUUCGGCGAGCUCCACUUCCAAGAGAAGCAGCAGCCGGAGCGAGCCGCCCUUCCGCCGGCGCCGGCGCCGGCGUCGUGGCUCGACAUCGCCACCGCCGCCGAGGCCGAUGAGAAGAGCAAGGACGACUCGUCGCUGGACGCGCUCCUGCGGCCCAAGCCGGCCGCGAGCGCCGUGGCCACCGUGAAGAGGAGCGCGAGCUUCUGCCUGAAUAAGAGCUCGGCGUCGCUGCUGCUCUGCACCGAGGGGCUCGGCUCCGAGAGCACCGUGGACGCCGACGACAUGGUCAAGUUCGACGGCGACGCCGAGGCUGAGGCCGACGCGGUCAAGGGCACGGAGACGACGGCAGACGGCAGCAGGAACGUUGACGCCGCCGGCGCCGCGGAGGAGGCAAUGAAGGAGGAGAGGCAGCCGAAGGCGUUCCCGCCGCCGAUACGGUCGAUCGGGCGCGGCGGGAAGCCGUACGUGUGCUUCCGGUCGUUCAGGGAGGACGGGAGGUUCGUGCUGCUGGAGGUGGUGAUCCCCGGGAAGGAGCUCCUGCAGGCGACGCGCGAGGGCGGCCGGCUCAGGCUGCAGUUCGCCAACGCCGCCGCCGCAGCCAAGAUGCACGGGGAAGACGACGACCACCACGCAGCCAAGAACGCAUGCAUAGACUAGACGACGACAUGAGCUAAGUGAUGUCGUUGAUGUCCUUGGUAUACUUAGCUUGCACACGAUAUAUGAUUAGUCAUGUGAUGCAACGGUGUCAUGCUUAUGAGAAGCAUCGAUCAGGCCAUCAGCUACCUAAGGCUUCCUCAAAUGUUUCCAUAAAGUGAUGGAUUCAGUCAGAAAUUCAGCACGAUAUCAUCAAUACAUCAUACUGGUUUUUUGACAACUUCAGUAA